AAUGUCAAUGUGACUAUUUUGUGUGUUUGUUAUUGUUGUGGUUUUUCAUCUUAUUUUAUGAUUAUAAAUUUUUAAUUUUACAAAAUGUGCAUGGAAAUUGCGUGUGUAAUGUGUAUUAACCAAUAUAAUAAAAUAUGAUAUUCAAAUAGAGUACAAUGCAUGAUCAUAGUCACCCUAAAAUGCGAUUACGACGUAGAUUCAUCAAACGUGUAUUCUGCACACUUGUAGUUUUUGGAUUAUCCUUUUAUAUUUCAAUAUUAUUGUUUGGUAACUUUAAAGGGCCUCAAAUUAUACACUUAACAAGCUUAUCUAGAUGUCCAGCGUGUUUUGGCGUCUCGGUUUGCCCUGAAUUAUAUUCCAAUCAAAUAUUAUUAGAUUUCAGUAAAUGGUCAUAUGUUUUUAAUGCUAAGAAUAUAUUCUACGGAUUAACGAGAACAAAUCGAAAAGUUGUUUUAAAAAAACUUGCCCACAACUGGGAGUUUGAUGAAUUCGAUUCUAAAAUAUGCAAAACGUGGAAUUUAAGUCAAGACUGUAAUCCAAACCAGUUGUUGAAUGUUACAAAUGUUGAUGCAAAGAUAUUGGAUAUUGUAAACCUUAAUUUAUCUUGGCCAGGUGAAGAGCCAAGGAAGGGUCUGGUUUUAUGUCCAUAUUCUUAUAGCCUUUAUGAUUUACUUAAUCCAGUUUUUUAUCCAAAAAGAAAUCAUAAAGCAGAGUUAUUAAAUAUAUGGACAAUGCUUAGCUUGAAUCCAGAGCCUAUUAUCCUGCAGGUGAUACCUAAAUCAAAGGGAUGGCCAGUCCCAGCUUAUGGUGGUGUCUGUGGAAGAUUGGAAGUGGUUGCUUAUGAAGGGGAGACACUGGCCUCACUGAAUGAUGUUACAUGGUAUAAAAAACUGAAGUAUGCUCAAAAAAUACUGAAGGCCGCAAUGGACUUCACUUUUAAGCAUGAUAGAUUUCGUUUCUACCUAAUGGACUGGUCUCUAGACAACAUUGUGGUAAAUGAUAAUGAUGUCGUUACAUUUGUAGAUCUAGAAGAUGUUGUAAUAGUUGACAAAAAUAUUUUACCCAAGAGAGAUCUUCCAGACUGGUACAAACGCUACGGUAGAGAACAGUUGGGACCCGGGUUCACAUUUUCUAUUGAAAAUUUAUGCAAACAUCAUUUAAGCGACCAUAAUCUAUGGGCCGCUUGUUACAUAUUAGCGGGUGAUGAUAAACCUUACCUUUACCCUAUUCCAAGUGAGGCAAAUGAAACCAAACCACACCUUUAUAGGUUAUUGGAAGAUUGUUUAAGGAAUAGUGAUGAUAGGUUUAAAACUUUUACCAAACUUCAACAUGUAAUUGAUGAUCUCCUUGACAGUAAGCUUGGCUCAAAUGUAAUAAGAUAAAUCUUAUUUUAGUCUUGAUGAAUGAUUUUAAGCUUUGAGUUGUGAUAUUUUUGUGCAAAUCCCGCCGUUUAUAUACAAUUAUUAUGUA